AACGACGACGUGCGAUGUUGAAGUUGGUCAUCGAACCCGCAGAAGCCACUUGGCAACUUACCAUGCGACGCACAGCGACCAAGUCGGUGACGCCAACGGCGUGGACGACGCUGCUCGAGCAGCCUGAUGUGUUUCGCGUCAUCACAGCGUUCCAACAUGGCCUGCCGCGCGACCUGGCCAAGGCGUGCGCGCGCCAAGCACGCAUUCUCGACGACCUCUGCUACUCGCUCAACCCGUGGCUCGCCCAGUACAGCGCCAAGCCCGUCUUCUACUGCCGCGUGCUCUUCAAACUCAUAGCAGACGGCCAUCUCGGUCGUGCCCACCGCCUCCUCGACGCCGCGCCAGCGCUCACAACGCCCCAAGGCGACUGGGCCUUUCUCUACGCGAUCGACGCGGCCGCGCGUCUCGGCGACCUUGGCCUCGUCCGGCGGCUCCACGCGCGCGGCCUCGGGCGGUGCACGACAGCAGCCAUGGACGCCGCUGCCGCCGCCGGGCACCUCGAGAUGGUCGUCUUCCUCGGCGACCACCGGACCGAAGGCUGCACGCAGGAGGGGCUCGAACGCGCAUGGAAAGGGCAGUUUGUCGACAUCGUUGCGUAUUUGGAGGCCAAGUACCCGCAGCUCAUAUGCCGGAAGAAGCGCCAUUGGCAACACGUCGUGCGCACAUGGUCUCGCAAGGCCCAGACGCUGCUGACCGCGCCACCCGUCGUCUCCUAGUCGCUUGCUAGUCGUUGUCCAUGUCGUGUCGUAAUAAACACCGCUUGUCUAUCU